UCUACAUUUUAAUUAAUAAUAAUACUUUUUUUAAUUCAGCAUGACAUUCUCCAAUCUCUCAUCUCUUCAGGACAAAUAUACAUAGUACUGCUGGUCUGGUUCGUCCAAACGCCAUGCUAUAAGAUUCGUGCAAUCCUACGCGAUGGCCCAAUGGAUACCUUUGAUUACCACGAUCUAAGAGCACUCAUGAACUCCGCUUGAAUGGCAUGGCUUCCUCUUCCUCCUCCUCCGCCAUUCUAAGACUCAUCUCCAUCACCAUCACCAUCACCCUCCUCCUCCUCCUCUUCUCCCGUUCCUCUUCUCCUCUUCCCCGCCGCCAUCUCCUCCGAUCAUCUCCUCCGUCCCCCACCCACUGCUCCUCCAUCCUCUCCCUCUCCCCAUCUCUCCUCAACUACACCUCCCUCCAUUCCUGCCUCUUCCCCUCGGGCUCUCCUCUCGUGCUCCCCUUUCUUGUUCUCCUUCUUCUCGCCCACUUCUCCCUCCUCGUCCGCGCUGCCUCCGCCCACUUCUCCCCUGCUGUCGCCUCCAUCUCAUCCCGCCUACGCCUUUCCCCCUCCAUUGCAGCUGUCACCCUCCUUGCCCUCGGCAAUGGCGCCCCCGAUGCCUUCUCCUCCUCCGCUGCCCUCCGCUCUGGCCUCCCCCGCACCGGCCUCGCUGCCAUCCUCUCUGCCGGCGCUUUUGUGUCCGCUUUCGUCGUCGGCUCUGUUGCCCUCCUCUCUGGCCCCUUCUCCGUCCCUCCUGGUCCCUUUGUUCGUGAUGUCUUCUUCUAUUUGCUUGCGGUCUCGGGUCUCUUCUAUGUUUACUUGAGCGCGGAGAUCUAUCUCUGGCAGGCGGUGGGGCUGGUAUGCUUCUAUGUCUUCUUUGUGGGCUUAGUAUUCUGGAUGGAUCUGGUGGUGGAGGGGAGGGGAGGGAAGGUGGCAAGGGAGGAUGAGGAGGAGGUGGAGGUGGAAAUGGGUUUGGUGGAGGAUGUGAAAGCACGCCAUCCCAUUUCUCUGAACAAGAUGCAAGAUUUGGAGGAUGGCAACAAUGACUCGACUUUCUGGGCUUUGCUCGGAAAGAUUACAUUACUAUGGGAAGUUCCAGUUAACACUCUUCUGAAGCUCACCAUUCCAUCACCAUCGCCUGCAGAAUGGAGCAGAUUCUAUGCUGCAGCCAAUAUUGCCUUAUGUCCCAUCUUCCUCUUAUAUUCUCUGAACUCCUACAUUAACUUGAAUGAUAAAAUUGUAUUCUUCAUCCCACAAGUUUAUUUCCCCAUCUGGUCCGUUGUACUCUUUGUAAGUGCAUGCCUUGCUCUCAGCUACCUUUACCUUGAGAAGGAACCCCCUGUGACUGAAAGUGCAGCAACUGCCUUAGUUGCCUUUAUGAUGAGUGUGUUUUGGAUUUCCACAGUUGCAGGGGAACUUUUGAACUGUCUCGCAGCAAUUGGAAUUGUGAUGGAACUGCCUCCUGCCAUCCUAGGGUUGACAGUCUUGGCAUGGGGAAACUCAGUUGGGGACCUAGUUGCUGAUGUUGCAGUGGCUAAGGCCGGGCAGCCUGCAACGGCAAUGGCAGGCUGUUUUGCAGGUCCCAUGUUCAACAUGCUUGUUGGUUUGGGCUCUGCACUUGUGAGAGAGACAUGGAAUAUGUACCCUGGAGCAUACGUUCUUCAGUUCCAUAUUAGCAUUGUGGUUGCCUUUGUCUUCCUUUUACUCAGCUUAAUGGGGUCUCUUCUGGUGGUCACUUGGUUUGGGUUUCGGGUGCCCAGGUUUUGGGGUUUUUUCCUGGUUGGGCUUUACAUGCUUUUCACAGCAAUUAGUUUAGCAAUUGCAAAAUUUUCAGGAUGAGGGUUGAUCUGUAAAGUUGAAUCAUAGUCUUCACAUUGAAAGAGAUUUUUUGAAGGAUUUCUUUGGCAAACCAAGCAAUCAGUCAACUCUUCUGGCCACGACAACAAUAGUGCAUUGAAUUCUUUUCGGCUGUUUUGGGUCAUCUCCAAGCCUCGGUAGCAGUGAGGUAGGGAGGUAUUAUAUAAUUCCCUAUUCAUUCUUGUGUUUAUUUCAUUAUAUUCACAUCAUAGUUGUUCAUCCAAAAGAUAAAAUUUUAACUUGGCUUCACAACAGCAUGCUGAUUGUCAAAUGGAAAAUUUUGUGACUCUAAAUAUGACAAAUGACAUGAAUAUGCAUGCAUAAAAUGUAAAAUCGUUGAUGGGAUAUAUGUGCUUUACUAUUUUAAUGACACUGAUAAUAUAGCUGCAUUGGAAGUUAAGUCUUGCAUGCCCAAAGUCUGAAUGUCAUAUAUGAGCCUUGGUUGAUUGAACUAAAUUCCUAGUUUGAUACUACUAUCCAGAAGAACAAUUUGUAUGUCUGUUUAAUGUAUCAAAAAUUGC